AUGUUUUGUCAAGCACUUCGCAGAUUUUGUCAAAAGCUGUUACGCAGAUGUACACUGGAACAACCUAUGGCUGAGACUGCCAGAAGCCUGACCACACCGGAGGUAGUGGCCCUGGGUGUGAACUACACAGUGGAUAUAAGUGUGUAUAUCCUGCUUGGUGAGGUGGCUAGAAAUAAAGCAGGCCCAUCCAUUGUGAUCUGCUUUUUGGUGGCCAGCCUAACUUCAGUGUUGGCUGGGCUGAGCUAUGCAGAGAUUAGUACCCGAGUUCCACAUUCUGGUUCUUCAUAUCACUACAGUUUUGUCACCAUAGGUGAACUCGGGGCUUUCAUCACUGGCUGGGCCCUCAUUUUCAUAAAUGUUGCCUAUGUAAACAUUGUGAUACGAACCUGGAUCUUCAUUUUUGACAGUUUUUUUGGAAACCAGAUCUUUCAGAUGCUGUAUGACAGUAUCUCACAAAAUGUUUCCCGUGCAUUUGUAGAAAUUCUAGUCUUCUUUGUUGUGUUCCUUGUGUUGUUUUUCAUGGAAUUGCUGAGUCGGAACAUUAGGUAUAUUCCUCUGGUUAUCAAAGUGUCCACAUUGGUGAAAAUUUUGGUUCUAAGCUUCGUCAUCAUUUCUGGCUUCAUUAAGGGGGACCUGCACAACUGGAGGCUCACAGAAGAGGACUACAAAAUGGCUGGACUCAAUGGCUCCUCUACCUUGGGCCCUCUGGGCUCUGGAGGAUUUGUGCCUUUUGGCUUGGAAGGGAUUUUCCAUGGAGCAUCUACCUGUAUCUAUGCAUUUUGGGGUUUCACUAAUAUUAUUACCAGAGUUGAGGAAGCCCAGAAUCCCCAGCAUUCCAUUCCGGUGGGCAUUGUGAUUACACUGUUCAUAUGCUUUUUCUUGUAUUUUGGUGUCUCUGCGGCACUUACACUUAUGGUGCCUUACUACCAACUUCAACUUGGGAACACCUUGCCUGAAGCAUUUCUCCAUAUUGGUUGGGUCCCUGCCUACUAUGUUGUAGCCUUUGGAUUCCUGUGUAUUGUUUUUGAAGACAUCUUUGACUUUAUGUUCCUCAUACAAUAUGUGAUGGCACAUCCUGCAAUGGCACAGGAAGGCUUCCUGUUCCCUGUCCUUGCCAGGAUCCUAACAUAUACAUACACCCCCAUGAUGGCCACUGUGACCUUUGGCAUUGUUGCAGCAAUCACCUCAUUCUUCUUUGGACUCACUGAUCUUCUCGAACUCAUGUCACUUGGGACCCUGAUAGUUUUCUCUCUGAUGACUUUUGGUAUUCUCAUUGUCAGGUAUCAACCUGAGAUGCAGAGUGGGGGAAAUGAAACAGUGGUGCAGGAGGAGAAUGGACCUACAGCAGAGAGGCUGACUCCACGGGGACUACUUUUUCCAGGCAGCUCCUCCCCCACUCCACUCUCUGGCAGGGUUGUCUGUGUUUGCUCCUCACUGCUUAUUCUGCUGAUCAUUCUUCUUUGCUUGGGGCUGGCCCAGUGGCCAGUUCUGCUUUCUGGAGACCCAGUGUGGAUUACAGUGGUUGUGGUACUCCUGGUGCUCAUCACUGGGCUCACUGGGGUCAUCUGGAGACAGCCACAGAGGCCCAGUGCCUCUCACUUUAAGGUCCCUGCUCUGCCUCUCAUUCCACUACUGAGCAUCUUCAUGAAUGUUUACCUUAUGAUGCAGAUGAUGGCUCGCACCUGGGCCCGAUUUGGUGUCUGGAUGCUGAUUGGGUUUGGUAUCUACUUUGGUUUUUGGAUUCAACGCAGACUGGUUAUCAACCCCACUUAA